UAUAUGUAUGCAUAUAAGGUGUGUGUGUAUGUAUAUAUAGAUAUGUCGCUUAGAUGCUUUUUAAUAUUCUCUUCUGCAGUAAUGGGAUGGCUGCCAUAACCUUUCAUUUUAAAGUUAAGGUGAUGUGUUUUAGAGUGUUGAAGCCUAGAAAUGUGUUGGUCAAUCAGUUACCAUUCCCGUAUGCCUUGAAGCUCCAUUUACUGAUGUUGGGUAGUGUGUGUACUUACAUAUUUGACAAACGUCUAAAGACUUGUUUGUUUUCUCCUGCAAAUGAAUGUGAUGGGUGUGGUAUGCCACCACGACUUCUGAAGACGUUGCUAAAGCUUACAAAGUGUUGAAGAGCCAGAGUGCAUAGGAAACCAUCAGGCACUGGGCAUUGGGCUCAGAAUAAAAUGAAGAUCAGUGUAACAACUAAAUGUUACAACAGGUAUGAGUUCACACACGCGGCCCAGAGGGUGGAGGCAGGGGUGCCGGCAGAAAUGUUGGGCCCCAUGAAAGAUUUGAAUUUUGGCCCCCUUAAGGGCUCCCGUCAGUGCUUAGAAUCGGCACCCAUGGGUGGAGGCAUUGAUUUGUUUGGGGAGACGAAGGGGUUCUCCACUUUGUCUCUUCAGUAGGGCUGUAGUGGGUGGGCUGUUGGUUUGGUUAAGGUGUUCACAAAGUCCACAGUGUCCUGGACAGCGCUCCUCCUCUUCUCUCCUUCCCUCCCUCCUUUCCGUCUUCCCCAACGGCCGUGCGAAGAGCUGAGGAGGCAGGCCCUCACUAGCCCCAUGUCCUGAGCACCUCUGCUGAUUGCCCUCAGACUUCUCCAAAGAACCAUGGCCACCUACAGCUGCUCCAGCUCCAGCGCAUCCAGACUCAUCCUCCUGGCUUUCCUGGGCCUCUGUGUGGCUCUCACACGGACAGAAACAGUAGCUGAUCCAAAUCCCACACAACAAAGCGAUAACCAGGACACACUGUCUGGAGGAGGAGCGUUGGAUGUCACCACAAAGGACCCCUUUCAGGAGCUGACGGAGAAUGCCUUCACAUUUGACUAUGAGGACAUGACACACCCCACAGCCAUGAAUGAGGAUGAAGGUGUUUUAGGUCCGGGUGCCAUCACUGCCAUCGUCAUUGCUGUUUUUCUGGGGGCAUCUGUGUUGCUGGCUCUCAUUGUCAUCACACUCAGGAAGUUCACUGCCUCUUAGGCAAGUCCUCCAAUCCCCACCCCUUACCCCACUUGCGCUCCAGCUCUUGAUCUCGCCUAAUUCCACGCAAUGCAUGUGGCAUUGCCACCUGGAAUCAGGAUGUUACUGGAAGGAAGUUUGUUCCCACGGAUACCAAGGCUUUGCAAACUAUCUAGUUUUGCAAGUAUACAAUAUUAGGAAAUGUACUGUUGAGGUCCUCCUAAAUUAACAUUCUGGCUGUUUUUUAGUACAAAAUAAUGUAGUGUUUUUUCGUUUGUUUGUUUAUUUUUAAAUAGGCCUAUAUGAUUAUAUGUAAUGUAUUAUAUAUAAUGAUAUAUACAAUAGUGAUAUUAUGAUUCCUGUUUAUCAUAUUUGUUAUUGAUAUGACUUUUUUCUUUUUAUAUUUGAGAACCUUUGUAGAGAGUAUUUUCACUUUAUUUUAUUUUUGGUACUCACAUACCCAAGUACAGUUGUGAAUGAAGUAAUGUUUUGUGCCUUGGCUCACUUUGGAUGCAUUUGUAAAGUCAACAAUACAGGGAAAUAUUGACCUAUGAUGCACUAAAAUUAUUGAAAUUACAAUCCAAAAUCUUAAAGUUAAUUGCUUGUUUUUAGAAGUUCUGGUCUAUGAGAGGAUACAAUGUUAGCUUAAGCCUACAUAGGGCAUAGUUUUCUAAAUUGGGUUUUUUAAGUUGUACAUUGCACAUUAUUGUUAUUAUUAUUAUUAUUAUUAUUAUUAUUAUUAUUAUUAUUGUUAUUAUUAUUAUUAUUAUUAUUACUAUGUUUGAAGGAAAAACGCAAAACAUCCCCAGUUAAAGUGUUGCCAUUGCUCAGACCUUGGUUGAUACAAGAACGCAGGCCGUUUAGUGAAAUCAUCCAUUUCACAGGAAAAGUUGAUGUAUGACCUUUAGUUCAGUGAGGCUGAACAUUUCUCCCUCUGCUUUUUUUAGUAUGUUUACUUUGUCAAUAAUUCCAUUCAGUGAAGUGGUGCAUAAAUCCAAGGGAUUUGUGAGAUGGUUCUGUUGCACUUCAGUGGUAAAACUGUCAAAUAGUGCCCCCUUGUGUAAAUUUGAAAAACAGUUUGCAUUUCUUUGGCUGUAAAAUGUUGUAUGCCUUUUUGUAAAUAAAUGACACAAUCAAGCAAGAAUAAAAAUACAUUC